GUGCCUGGCGACAGCGAUACUGACAGCUCUGACGACGACAAGGACAAUGAGGAGAGCGGCGGCCUGGCCGGGUUGCUGAAGAUUCACCGCACACCCACCAAGGCACCGGAGCGUCGACCGAUCAAGUUCAUCUCACUGGUCGACGGCCUGGGAGUGUCUGGUGGCAGUGGCCGGCCUGGGUCGAUAUUCUUCGAUGCGCAGGCGCGGCAGCGCGCUAUUAGCGAGCAGGAGGCCAAGGAGCGGACUGACGCCGAGCAUGAACAGCCUGCACAAGAAGCUGCUGGCGUGGAAAUACGAAGAUUCAGGGGAUAUGCCGCCGGAUGCACGCACGACGACAUACAAAACAAUCCCCGACACAUUCACCGACUGCGACAGCUACGCAGGGGUGUUUGAGCCACUGCUGCUGCUCGAAUGCUGGGCACAGUUCCAGCGGGCCAAGGAGGAGACGGCAGCGAGCGAGCCCAGCGAAGCCACCCUGCAGUCACGGAUGUGCGUGGAUGAGUUCCAGGACAUUACGUUCGAGAUGGCCAUUGCCGACAUGGAUGACGUGGCAGACCAUGAUGUGCUGGUGCUGACAGAGAGCAUGUCGCGCGAGAAGCGCUACGCCAAGGGGAUCACGGCCGUUGGUCUGAGCGGGCAGAUCGGCAGGCAGGGUGACGCAGGCUCGACAGCCAACCCGGCGCUCCUCAACAGGCCCACGAUUCUGGGCAAGGUGCAGAGCCGCGUGUUUGGCCGCGACAACGUGCAGGUCGUGGUGCGUGUGUUUAUGCAGGGGGUGCGGCUGGCGCAGUUCCUCAACAAGCUCGUGCUCAAGUCGGUGUGGGUGUUCAUUAAGCUCUACGGUCUGACACCCAUGCAUCGCGAAUACGCGGCGCUGCGCUCUCUGCCAUACCUGGACAGGCAGCUGGUGCAGGAGAUUCUGGUCCCGCGGCCCGUCAGGCACCAGAUGCUGGGCAAGCUGGACGUCGAAAAGUGCAUGCGGAUGCACGCGCUGAACCAGCCGCAGGCAGAGGCCGUUGUGGCGGCUGUGAACCGCAGCAACGGGUUUACGCUGAUUCAGGGACCGCCAGGGACUGGAAAGACAAAGACCAUCCUGGGGCUUGCGGGCGCGUUGAUCUCGCAGGCAAAGAAGCAGCUGUCUGACGACUACAAGCCGUAUACGCCCGCGGGACCCGAUGCUGAAGCACCGCCGACGGCGAAGAAGAACAACAAGCUGCUGAUCUGUGCGCCCAGCAAUGCUGCAGUGGACGAAAUCGUCAAGCGCCUAAAGCAAGGGAUCCGUGACGAUACCGGCAAGACGUUCUUCCCAAGUGUCGUGCGUGUCGGCAUGUCUGACAGCGUCAGCAGCACUGUGCGCGACACCACACUGGACUUUUUGCUCGACAAGGCUCUGAACUCGUACGGAGGCGUCAAUGGCACGAAGGGGACCGCUGGAGACGAGAAUGACAUAAGCGCAGCCCAAGACGCUCUGCUCACCUCCGUUUCUGGCCACCGCGGCAGCGACGGCAGGGUCGUUGAUAUGGCGGCUCGGGCCAAAGUCGCUCGUGCAUCAGCCGUCGAGACCCAGCGGUCGCUGCGCAAACGGCUUGACGACGUCAACGUGAGGCGGCGCGAGCUGGAUCAGCGCAUGCAGACCAUCGACCCGUCCAACAUGGCCGAGAUGCGCGAGUUCCGCCAGAAGUUUGGCAAGCUGAACGAGGAGAAGAAGCGUGUCUGCGCACAGCUGGACUCGGAGCGCGAGCGCGGGCGCGAGGCAGCGCGUACGAUUGACUCAACCAAGCACAAGAUCCGGCUGCAGAUCCUGCAGACCACCGACAUCCUGUGCUGCACGCUGAGCGGCUCUGGCCACGACAUGAUGGCCAGCAUCCAGUGCUCCUUCGACACCUGUCAUUAUCGACGAGGCUGCGCAGAGCGUCGAGCUGGCGUGCCUGAUCCCGCUCAAGUACGGCUGCCAGCGGUGCAUUCCUGGUCGGAGAUCCGAACCAGCUGCCACCGACGGUACUGUCGCAGGCUGCGAUGCAGCACAUGUACAACCAGAGCAUGUUUGUCAGGAUCCAGAAGAACAGCCCCGAGUCGGUCAAUCUGCUCAGCAUCCAGUACCGCAUGCACCCCGAGAUCUCGCGGUUCCCGUCCAUGCUCUUCUACGACUCCAAGCUCAAGGACGGUCCUGGGAUGGCUAAGAAGCAGACUGCGCCGUGGCACGCCAGCCGCUUCUUCCCGCCAUUCUGCUUCUUCAAUAUCCGCGAGGGUAAGGAGGAGUCGGGCAAGUCGCACUCGGUGUUCAACAUGGCCGAGGCGCGCGCUGCAGUGCAGCUUGGUGCAGCACCUGUGCAUCAGCUUCCCAAGCCUUCCGAUGAAGCAGACGAUUGGCGUCAUCACGCCGUACAAGCAGCAGAAGAGCACGCUGGUGCGCCAAUUCCAGAGCUGCUUCGGCCAGGCUGUCACCGACGCCAUCGAGUUCAACACUGUCGAUGGGUUCCAAGGCCAGGAGAAGGACAUUAUCAUCUUCUCGUGUGUGCGUGCUGGUGGCUCGGGCGUCGGAUUCCUGGCUGACGAGCGGCGCAUGAACGUCGGGCUGACCCGUGCGCGCAAGUCGAUGUUUGUGCUGGGUAAUUCCGAUCUGCUGGUGGUCAGUCCGCUGUGGAGGAAGCUGAUUGACGACGCCAAGCAGCGCAGCCUGCUCUUGGACUGCAAGCUGCCACUGUUUGGCCGGUAUCUUGGAAAUGCAGCCACCUGCGACAAUCUGACCAGGGAUCCCAAGGACGCAAUGGAUACUGCGGCUGAUGGCGAAGGCGACCGGGCAGAAUUCAUCCUGGAGGCGUUUAACGAUUCCGAGCUGAAGCGCGCCAACGCAGCCGCAGCCACUCCAGCGGUUCCCGCAGUCAAACAGAUAGCAGCCCAGCACAGAUCAUCACUCGAGCCCAGCUGCAGACAGGGAGACCAAGCCAUCUGCGCUGGCGUCACUGGUAGCAUCUGCAAAGCGCGAUGCCAGCCAGCCCGUGGCUGGCCAAGCAGUUGCCUGCAAGCAGCAACGGCCGACAGCACCGGCGCCAAUGCCUGCAGCGCGCCCGCAAGUGCACCCAGGCACCGGCGAUAGCUAUUCCUGUCGGCGGGCAUCGCCCAGUUGCUCCACCGGCAGCCCAAGC